ACGCUAUAUACUUCUGGUGUUCCGAAUAUCGUGGCGGUGAUUUGUAAUUGGUGUGUUACGCUAAACUCUCUCUCUCUCUCUCUACGUGUAUUGUUUUGGUCUGACUGCGCCCAGUACGAGUUCUUGGACGUACCUCCGAUUCGCGCUGUCGAGUCCAGUAAAAUGGCAUAAGCUAACCUUUCAGAAUUUCGGGAUCAACUCAGCUGUCCUGUCUGUCUGGAUCUUUCACACACCUGGCAACAUAACUCUUAUUGUAGCAGAAAUGAAAGUUAAACAAAUCUAUUACUGCAGCAGUGAUCUUUGUGUUUGAGGUUGCAAAUAGGUGUGUCACUCUUUUAGACACACCUGUUUUACAGAAAUAUAAAAAGGGAGUGUGAGCUGCUGUUAGUGACCGUGCUUGAGUGUGUUUCUCAGUAAAAUGGCCGAGGCAGACAUAUCUGUAGCUCGUGGUCAGUUCAGCUGUCUAAUCUGUCUGGAUCUACUCAAGGAUCCAGUAGCUCUUCUUUGUGGACACAGUUUCUGCAUGAAGUGUAUUAAUGCCUGUUGGGAUCAGGAGGAUCAGAAGGGAGUCUAUAGCUGUCCUCAGUGUAAAGAAACUUUCACUUCAAGACCUGCUGUGAGUAAAAACACCAUGCUGGCUGAAGUAGUGGAGACACUGCAGAAGACAAUUCUCCAUGCUGCACCUGCUGCUUCCUUCUCAGCUGGACCUGAAGAUGUGGAGUGUGAUUCCUGCACUGAGAGAAAACACAAAGCCAUCAAGUCCUGUCUGGUGUGUCUGGCCUCUUUCUGUGAAACUCACCUCCAGCCUCACUAUAAAUCUCCUGCCUUUAAGAAGCACAAGCUGGUGGAAGCCUCCAGACGACUCCAGGAGCAGAUCUGCUCUCAGCAUGACAAAUUGAUGGAGGUUUUCUGUCGCACUGACCAGCAGUGUAUCUGUUUGUUGUGUACCAUGGAUCAGCAUAAAGGACACGAUACAGUAUCAGCUGCAGCAGAAAGAGUUGAAAAACAGGUAACAAAGUGUUACAGCUUUCAACCUCAACUACUAUAGAAACCAUACAAACCAGUUCAUAAUGGAAUGUUCUUACAUUUUUCUUUCAUGUACUCUAUUACCUUUAACCAGUGGUGGCUGCUAGCUUUUGAAACAGGGGAAGCUCAUAUUAGGACUUUAUCAUAAAAUUCAUUCAUGUUAUUUGUACGUAAAUUCUGGCUAGUUUCCCCUUCCACGAGCUACUUUAAUUAUAUGAACGAACUAACUUUACAAUGCUGAAACACUGAGCAGUCAAAUCAAGAAGGCUAUAAUAUGUUUUUUAAAAUUAUUUAAAGAAUGAUUUGUACAAACAAAAAUGGUUUAUAUCACCAGCAAACAAUACAGAGUGCAGCAGUUCAU